ACCGCUGAUCAUCCAAUCCAGUCGCGUUGAGUCGCUCGUUGGUAAUUUUUGAAAUCACUUCUACUUCCGACAAACUAAGGAGACUUGCCCAUCAUGCCAUUGGCGAUUCCCCCUGAAUUGAAGAAAAUCAGUCCCUUCGUGCGGCGAGCCGAAGAGCUUGACCGCGAUCAAACGUCUCCCGAAUCGCGGUUGGUAGCGUAUUACUUGCGACAAUAUGCCGUCCACCAGGGCAUUCCCUUGGCGUCUGCUUCCCCCGGAGCUAAAACCUGUCUCGGACACUUGUUGGAAAGUCUCGAAAAGGAAAAGACUGCCAUGGAUGCCUUUACACGCAACGAAUCCUCCUUUUUGUGUCGGCAAUUCGCGAAUCGCGUCUUUGACAAGGCGGACGGUGAAGACCGUAUGGGUAUGGCGACGAAAGAAACAGCAAAAACCUUUUACGCCGCGGCCAGUUUCUUACAAAUGUUGGAGCAAUUUUACGAAAAAGACGACGAGGAAUCGAUAGAGGCGCGUGCGGAAAAUCGAAAACGAAUCAUAUACACGAAAUGGAAGGCUACCGAAAUUUUAAAAGCAAUUAAGGAAGGACGACAGCCGGCAGCUGGGGGAUAUGGCGAGGAAGAAGGCGAGUCGGAAGAUGAGGAAAAGGACGAGGCCAGUGACGAACCCGUGGCUUCCAAUACGAAUAUUGCUGAAAAGGAAUGGGCGAGUACUGGCAGUGAAAAGGCCCAAGCUGCCGCAUUCGACGUCCUACCGCCUGCAGUCCCUAUUAGACCCCCAGCACCUUUGGAACCAGAAGUUGAGCCCGAACCCAUGUCGGAAAGCGAGUCGGAGCCAGAGGUAGACCAAGGCGCUGAAAUUUCAGCUGAAUCGGCUCCUCCGGCAUACCCUGGUGAUUCUAAAACUAACGGAAUUUCCAUCCGACCACCCGUUACUUUCGAUUUGCCACCAAUCGCACCCGAGACACCGCUGGAGCUGCCCCCACGACCUCUAGCCCCUCAGAAAAAGGGUGGUAUGUUCGGCUUGAUGAAGCAGCGCCAACCGGGCGCCAAGGCAACCAAAGCUCAAAUUACGGAUGCCACCGAGCUGGCACGGUUUGCUGUGGCAGCCUUAGAAGACAAGGAUGCUGAAUUGGCCGCGGAGCGGCUUCAACAGGCACUUGAGGCUUUGGGACGAUAG